CCGCGAGACAGAACGAGAACUUCUGCACAGCAACAAAUACAAAUCAACCCCAAGCUUUAGCGUAUAGGGGGUCACCCUGGCAACAUGGAUGUGUCCAAUCACAGUCUCGCCCUUUUGCAGCAGCUGAACAUUCAGCGAGAGUUUGGCUUCCUUUGUGACUGCACAGUGGCGAUAGGCAACGUUUACUUCAAGGCACACCGCGCUGUGCUGGCUGCUUUCUCCAACUACUUUAAGAUGAUAUUUAUUCAUCAGACUAGCGAAUGCAUUAAAAUACAACCUACCGAUAUACAGCCAGAUGUAUUCAGUUACCUGCUCCACAUCAUGUACACGGGAAUGGGCCCGAAGCAGCAAGUCGACCAGAGCCGCUUACAGGAAGGGAUUCAAUUCCUUCACGCCUUUCCGCUUUAUCGUAACAUAAGCACAGCAAACCAGGAGGCUGUUUUGGAUGCUGUAAAAAUGUCAAACCUCUACGGGAUCCAGAUAUCGUCGCAGAUGACAGCCAAAGUAACCCUGGGGCUGAAGGACAGUCAGUUGAGGGGCUUGGAGGUAGAGAGAUCUAGCGCUCCAGUUGAACACUCACAGAUCCAGCUGCCCCUCGCUGUUGGGCUGGAGGAAGCCUCUUCCGACUUGCAGCUGCCUAACGUCCAUGGCCCUGCUUCUGCAACCUCCAGAGAGGAAACAGAAGUCUCAAACAUCUCUGUGACAAUAAAGCAGGAAAAGGUGGAGCCUGAGUUGGCCAAUGAACACCAAACCAGUUCUCCCUAUAGUCAGGAAAAUCAAAGCCCCUGUCUCUUUAAAGGCGGUCUAAAACCGUUGUUUUGUCACUAUUGCGGAAAGCGAUGCAGUUCCCGUAGCAGCCUGUGGGAACACCUCCAUAUGCACACGACCGGCUCGCUUCCUUUGGAAGUGCCGGGAGCCAUUUCUGAAAAUAACCUGGGGGUGGUGCAGAAAAUGAGCGAGGACUUUGACAGGCUGGAAGAUCGUCCACUCCAGAGUUACCUUGCCAGCAAGAACCCUCUUCUGCUUGAGCCGGCAGACGCCGGCAGUGUAGGGGAGGCAAUGCGCCACAGUCAGUCCCUGGCAUUAUCUUCAGAGGAACUGGCAGCAGAACUAAAAAGCAGCAGUCCAUACUCCCGUAAACGUAAGAUUGCUUGUGCGAUCUGUAACCUUAGGUUUGCGCAAAAGAGCCAAUUGCAGGAACACAUGUACACCCAUACCGGUAAACAUUCCCUCUGUCACAGGUACAACAGAUUUUCCAGUCAGCUGAUUCAAGCAUCGCAUCAGUACUGUGAAAACCAGGCUGAAUGUACAGUAGAAGAAACUACUAGGGACACUCAAGACAACCUCAGUUCUUGCUAUUCUUUAGACUCUGAGGUUUCUCAAGAAAGUAUCGAUACUGUUCUCGUAGAUUAAACCCAAUCCUGGGACCUUGUCUUAGAUGGUAUGUUUUGAUUAGUCUUCUUUUGCCAAUGCAUCUUUUUUUUUUUUUUUUUUUUUGCUUCCCGUUGUGUGUCUCUAAUGAAGCUCUUCAUUUUAUGUGUCAUCUAUCUGUGAAGCUGCUCUGUUGGUUCUAGUGUCUGUGAAGCUAUUUGUAUAUUAAUAGACUCUUCCGAAUUGGAAAGGAAAAAAUUGGUGUAACAGAAUUAGAAAUGACAAGAGUCUCUUUAGUUUCUUAAGCUUUACUGCAGCUACAUGUUACAUUUCCCCUCUGAAGUCACCAGGGAUCAAUGCAUACUGUAAUGUAAAAUCCACCAUGAAAUGAAUGAAAUAAUUACAGAAUUGCAUCAGUUUUAGAUCGUCUGCUUUCCUCUUAUUCUAUCUCAAGUGGACCAAAUUCAAGGGAGGUGUUUCCUCUAAUUGUUGUUGAUGGUACAAAUGGUUGCAGGGUAGGUGCUGUGUGCAUGCAUAAGAAGAUCAGCUCCACUUGCUCAUAACAUGUCUACAGCUGGCAAAAAUUAUCAUUUUGAUUUCUCCAUGCGAGAGAGAAAAUGAAAUAAAAUCAAAACAUUUCAGACUGUAACCUUAAAAAAGUUUUGU